GCGGAGGAGCUCUAUCGCAGGGCCCUGACAGGAUCCGAAGAUCAGCUGGGCGCCGUGCAUCCGCAGACCCUCCAAUCCGUCUACAAUCUCGCACAUCUUCUGGAGGACAAAGGCUCCUUCGCAGAGGCGGGGCAGCUUUAUCUCCAACAUUUGCGUGGCAUGGAGGAGCUGCACGGGCCGGAUUCCGAAGAGGUCCGAGCGAGUCGCAACAACCUGGAGCGAUUCCAACGAGUGCACGGUCCAGUCGCUUGA